AUGCUCCUGCAGUGCGCCCUUCUCCUCCUCCUCCCUGUUUUAAUCCUGGCCCAAUACGAACAGUACAGCUUUAGGAGUUUCCCCUCAAAGGAGCUCAUGCCUCUGGACACGGCUUACAACUACGCGCUGGAGCAGUAUUCGGCUCAGAACUGGGGCGAAAGUGUGAAGUAUCUGGAGAUGAGUUUGCGGAUCCAUCGCUUGCUCCGGGACAGCGAGGCUUUCUGUGGCCGUAACUGCAGCGCCGUGGCCCGGGAGAGUAAUGACACUUUUUACGCAGACAGCGCGCUCCGGGUCGUGCGCCACGUCCUGCUCCGAGCCGCCUGUCUGAAGAAGUGCAAGGCGGAUUUACCCGUGUUCAGCCAAGCGUAUCCCAAGAGAGAGCUGCUGGAGAGUUUUGAGGCGAGGAAACCCUAUCAGUAUAUCCAGUACGCGUAUUUCCAGCUGAACAACAUGGAGAAGGCAGUGGCCGCAGCGCACACCUUCCUGAAGAAAAACCCAAACGAUAAAUCUUUGACCAAAAACAUGAACUAUUACAAGACGCUGUUGGAUGUGGAGGAGUAUUUGAUCGACCAAGAAGAGCAGCCGUAUGAGAGUGUGUUUGUGAAAAGCGUGACGCAGUACAACAACGGAGACUUCAGCAGCAGCGCUCGCAACAUGGAGCAGGCGAUCACCCAAUACUUUGACCUGUACCACCUCUGUCUGUCCGGCUGUGAGGGGAACUAUGAGAUCCUGGAGUAUAAGGACUUCUAUGCAACACUGGCAGACCUGUACACGGACGUCCUAAAAUGCAAGGUGAAAUGCGAGGAGCUCCUCACGCCCACAGUUGGAGGUUUUGUUGUGGAGAAAUUUGUAGCCACCAUGUACCACUAUCUCCAGUUCUCAUAUUAUAAAUUGAACGAUGUGAAGAGUGCCGCUCCGUGUGCUGCCAGUUUCAUGUUGUUCGAUCCUCACGACAAAGUGAUGCAGCAGAACGUGGCCUACUACAGUUUCUACAGAGAGCAGUGGGGGCUGCAGGACCAGGACUUUCUGCCACGUCCUGAAGCUCAGAGUUACUUCAACCAAACAACCAAACAGAAGGAGAUGCUGGAGUUUGCACUGAAUUAUCUACAAACAGACGACGAGGAGGAGGUGGGUCCAGAGGAGACCGGCCUCUCGGCCUCUGAAAGCCCAGACGCAGAGUUUGAGGGUCUGGGGGACUACGAGGAGGCCUUCAUGGCCGACUGGUGGCAGGAGCCGCGGAGCAAGUGGGACUCUGGAGAAGUGGAUUAA